AUUAUCCUGACAUUUACGACAUUUUAUAGUGUCACUUAAAAAUAAGUGAAUCAACAACUUUUCCGUAAAUUCGUUAAGAGUUUGCAAUAGUAUUAUUGAAAAACAGUUUUAAUUUAGUUGAAAAUGCCUUUUCUUGACGUACAUAAUCCGGCGGUGAUAAGAUUCCUCAUAGAUUGCUACGAAAAAGAAACACUAUAUCGUCUAAAUUGGGUCGAAAAGCAUCGCGAGAGAAUAGAGAAAGCGGCGACUCUCCAAAGGGAACCGACGAAUUACUGUCAGACCGAUGUGCUUGCACACAUAGCAUCUUCGGGAAUGGCAAUGACCACUAGAGACUUUAUCGCAUCUGGAUAUAACAGAAUGAAAUGCCGCGAUCCGUAUACUAAUGUGCACAGACUUAAAGAUUUACGUCACGGACAUUCCAUUGCAGAUGUCGGUCUGGGAGAUCCCAAAGAGGAUCCGAGACUCGUAAGGUCAGACGAUGAACUUGCAUCAGAUCCAAUAAUGCGUCCCGUCGACCCCGACGUGAACAAAAUCAUAUAUAAACCGACACCUGAAUAUGGAAGGAAACUAUAUCUACACACACGUGAGAAAUUAUGGCCGGAAAAGAAGUAUUAUUUCCCUGAGUGCUCUAACUGGGAUUAUGGAUGGCGCACAAUGGAUAGCUCUAUGCACCAGCCGUCGUUAUAUGGGAUAGUCGAACAUCUCAAUCGAGCGCAGCGCUCCCGAGUUGGGCCCCAACCGGACCCCGCGUACUACAAAUCGCCUAACCCGCUAAGGCAAACCAAGUUUGAUAUUGUAUAAUAAGGGCUUUGUUUUAAGAGACCCUCUGAUAUUUUUUCGAUGAUAUAAUACAAGGAUUGUUUCGUUUCAUUGGCCGAUACAGGUCUGAGAUCUAUAGGGCUUAAGUCCCCUUCUUUUGAACACGAGACUGUGUGCUUCUCUUUGUUUAGUCGUAUUCCGAUUUACAGUGUGCAAUAUGUUUAUGCUUUUAGUUUUAACUGAAAUCUUUAAUUUACUUUAUGUAGAAUCUGUUAUUAAGUAUAUUGAUUGGUUUACCAUAGAGAAUAAUGUAUUGAUUUCUAAGAAACACCGGUUUGAAAGAUAUGACCGGUAUUAUUAUAUUGUUUUAGUUUUUUAUUUGUGGUAUAAUAGGGAAGGAGUUAUGGGGGUCAAGGAACCCUUGGAAGGUAUAUUUUAUUAUUAAUUCGUAAUAAGACGUAAGUAUAAUAAUAAAAUGGGAGUUAUACGCGGCAGAAAAUAAAUAGUAAUCAUGUUAAUUUAACCUCAAAUAAUUUAACCCUCGAUAAAUUCUAUUGGACGCUAUUUUUUAUGCCUUUGAUAAGUUUUUUAGUCAAUAAUUUAAAAAAGUAAUAUAUUUGUAAAAAUUAUAUGUUAAGAAAAAUAAAAUUAAAUGAAAUUGCAUGCAAGUUGUCCAAAACAUGGUCAUCUCCAUUUCCUUGAAUGUGGUACCGUGUAAUUUCGUUUGUUUGGAACCCGCGUCUGCAUCUGCCAUUUUUUCCAUAGAUGGACUUUAGUUAGAUUUUGUUGUAUUGUAAUUUAUUAUCACGUUUAAUUCUUUUUCAUUGUUAUGGUAAUUUUGUUUUUUUUGUCUUACUGUCAUUUUGUGAAGGUAUUACUGGUGAUCAUGUAACAGAACAAAUAUCUAUUCAUUUAUAUUGUUAUUGUUGGG